GACGAGUUUAUAUGGGCCUCGCUCGGGCAAUUGUGACGCGAGGAACGUGGAGACAUGACAACGUGAUAGAAGACAGAGACAGAAAUGUUUUCUGUACGUUUGGUGACUGCGGACAGCUAUCAGGCACAACCGCUGCCUCAGCUGGAUCCAACAUUUUCCGUAUUUCGUGGCACGGAAAUUAAAAAUGUACCCGUCAUUAGGGUGUUCGGAACAACACCCACAGGGGAAAAAACGUGUCUACACGUGCACGGUGUAUUUCCAUAUUUGUACGUACCCUACACGGGUGAGGAGAAUGAGGAUAGGCUUGCAUACAGGCUGGCAGCAUCACUGGAUGCAGCAAUAAAUAUAUCACUGGGCAGUGCCAAUUCAACGACCCAGCAUGUUUAUCAAAUUCAGAGGGUAGCUGGAAUACCGUUCUAUGGCUAUCAUAAAAGGGAGCAUCAGUUCUUUAAAAUAUCGUUCUACAAUCCAGCUAUCAUGAAGAAAGCCGCUGAUUUAUUGCAAACUGGGGCGGUGCUGGGUCAAAGUUUACAGCCGCACGAGGCCCACCUCAACUACACUCUUCAAUUCAUGAUGGAUUAUAAUUUGUACGGUAUGAGCUUCAUAAAUCUAUCAAGUGUUAAGCAUCGUAGGGGAAAUGAACCAUCAGGGGAUGUGAUAACAUCAUAUGACAGUGUAAUUACACCGGUGGACAAUGUCGAGUAUCUUCCAGUUAAUGUUUUACGCCAGAGUAUCUGCGAACUAGAGAUAGACGCUAUUGCAUCAGAUAUAUUAAAUAGGGAAGAUUUGGCUAAGGGAAUUGAGCUGAAUCCGGGAUUGUCGGCAAUUUGGAAUGAGGAGAGGGAGAGGAGGAGGCAAGUGGGUCUUGGGGGUGGUGAUUCGCAGAUUGUUAAUCCAAAGAGCCCACAGAGGCCACCAUUCCGUCCAACCGAUAGUGAUCUUUAUCAAGAGCAAAGACUUGCGCGACGUCUCUUAAUGAUAUCCCAGUGCGAUGAGAGCACCCUUUCAAUGAGUACAAAUCCAACUCCAUAUCCGGCUGAAGUUACACAGGGUGAUGUUAUAUUAAAUGCAUCAAAUUUUGGUAGUUUGAGUGUACCAACUUCUGAUAAAACUCAACGGCCAAAUGAAACUCUGAGUUUAAGCUCUCUAGGAUCCACUCAGUCCUCCCAAACUUCCCACGAAUGCAGUGUUUUGGAUUCUGAUGAUCUGCCAUUAGUGGAAUUACUGGAGAAUUUGGCUCGUGAUUCAGAUACUAAAGACUCAGUGGACGAGGACAGCAUGCUGGGCACACAGUUGUCUUCCCUGAAUCCCGACGAGGAGAAGAGUGACGAUGACAGUUGUACCAAUGAGGACCUGAACCUCACGUGUCUGGAGUUGGACUCCUGGAGUUCCUGGGAGGGUGCGAGGAAGCCCUCGACCCUGAACUCCCCCCACAAGUCUUCACUAACAGACGACGACAUGGACUCGACACUUCUGGGUGCCCUCCUGGCAGCAGGCAUAGACUCAGACGCAUCCCCAAAGACCCUAGAAUCCUCAGUUCCCCAGCUGGACGGAGCUGGUGACUUCUGCUCAAGUCUCCUGGACUCCGAGGAGGAGGAGAACAUGCAAAUGGAGAUGGAGAACACCUCCCAGCUGGCAAAAACGUCAUCAGCCUGCAACCAGUCGACCACCAACUCGAGCCUGAGUCCCUCGACCUCCUCUUCAUCCUCCGAAGGCACCAGCCAGAGCUCCUGGAGCCUCAAAUACACACCAAUAGACUACGAACACCUGCCCGACGACUUUGUCGACGACAUCGAGAACAUAAUGCAGGAGAACAUUCUCAUGGAGAUGAACUUCACGAGUGGUGAGGAGAUCCUAGCAGGUGGUGGUCUAGUUGACGAUGAAAUACCCAUUGAACGUGUCCUAAACGGCGAUCCAUGCUUCACUGAAACAGCUGAACUUGAUAAAUCCGAUCUCACUGAACUCCACGACCAAUACGUCAGCCUCCUCGACAGACAAUUACUCCCCGAGAUUUACGAAAACUCCCAGAAUCUAGAUCUCAUCAAUAACUCGGGAUCUGAGGAGGCUGACAAUUGUCAGGUUGGGAAUGAAGCCAGUGGCUUUUCACCGAAUGAAUCUGUCACCCAUAAUUCCCAAGAACCUGUUGUUGAACAUUGCAAACAAAAUUCUGGAAUUGAUGUGAAUGCUGUGGAUGAUAAAAGUGAACAAGUAAAUAGACACAUCAGUGACAGUUCUGAUUACAAUUGCAAUGUGGCAACGUGGGAGGAGCUCCACGAUUACCUGCCAAAGGGUAUAAUAAAACGAAAGUGCACGCAAAAAGUGAACAAUCAAGUUGUUGAGAGGAGGAAGAUUAAAGCAGCAAAGUGUGAAGUCUCUGGUUCUAAUGAUGUCUGUGAGCCCCCUGGGGAGACUGUUGAGGGAAAUACAUCGGGCUCAUCAAUAAUUCAGGUCAAUCAGGUGCGUGAGAAUAUCAUGGACGUACGUGUUUUUCCUGGUGUUCAGUAUUCAUCGUAUCUACUCGGUGAAAAUGAAACACUUGUCACCCCCAUUCUUGCUGAUUUCGAAGAGUUGACUGAGCCAUUGUCACCGCCAAAUGAUACGGACACAACGUCUGACUACUGUUCAGACAGAUCGCACAGGGGUGUUAUAUUCGGUGAGGAUCAGCACAGACACUGCGUUUAUUCAUUCAAUCACAGGAAAUUUGUCCAGGAUUAUGUGUUUACGUCCAAUGAGAUUUGGGUAAUUGAGAAGCGUAAGAGGGGCAAAGCUGGGAGUGCAAUUACAUCGGAAUUGUGUAACAGGGAGUGUAGACUGCCGUACGUACCAUUGGAGAAAAUUAACAUUGAGGAGGGGAGCUGUAGCCAGGAGGAUCAAAAUAUCGAGGCAGUUGAGAAUGUGAUUUUGAAUUCAAUUAGUUCAACUCUUGAUAAUUCCCCAAAAGAACCGGAUUACGGUACAACUGGGGCUCUUUCAAUUGACCUCGAGAGAGAUACAAAAGAGGAGAGAAAUACAUUCACCCGAAUUACGAGACAAUCCGAACGUAAUUUCGUUCAAUCACAAAGUUCAACUGAGAGUGGCGAUGGUCCGGUGAUCAUACGACGAGUCUUUGAGGAGAAAACCAGUGGUUCCACUUGUGUCAAGAAACGCAAGAUUAUUCUCAAAGUUGGUAGUAACACAGACUCGCAGUCUGAUGACUCGAGAGUCGAGGAUAGAUCCAAAGUUCCAUUGAAGACGAGGCGAAAAGUGAGAAGAGCCAAGACUAAAGUACCUGAGAGCCAUUCAAAUGUUGAAAAUUCACCUCUAUUAUUUGAUGAAAAAAAUCCCUCAAUUCCAGUGGCUACUUUACAAUGCAUCAAAGAGGCUUUCACUGAGAGUGAGCCCACAGAGGCAGCCAGCAGGCCUAGAAUAAUGUGCAGCAUUAAAACAAAGAGAAUUGGCAUGAAGUGGCUGCUCUCAAUGACCUCAAAAUAUCCCAGCAAAAUAAGCAAUCAAGUGGUGCAAUCGAAAUUAUCAGCACCACAACCGCAAAUUCGGAAAAUGGAAACAAUAACGCAGAGGUACAAACUGCGGGUACGUAGGGGUGAGCACGAGGGGAGAUCGAUAGUUCCAACGGUGAAAGAUGAAAAAGUUGAGGGAACAAGUAGCCUCGUAACACCAGCGGUGGAGCUCAAUAAUUCACCGAAACUUGCUGGUGGUAUUCAGGGUGAGGAUGUUGCCAUGGUACCGGAGAACGAUGCUAUUUCAUCAUCCUCGGGGGAUAAAAAUUCACAGUCUGAGGAUGAUACCACACCAGUGUACACAAAUACUGUUGCCGAAGUGAAUUUGUACUCGGGUAAGGAUUACACGAUUGAUGCAGUCAGCCAGGAGAUGCCGCAGGUACUAUUUGCCGAGGACUCGAAUCCAUCCUUCAACGAGAGUACAAUGAACAUGAUGAGUUUGAAGAGAUCAGUGGAUGAGAUUGAGGCGAUUCCAACGGCCGAUCAAUCCGAUAAUUCCAGUGUUAAAUCAUUCGAGGGGGAUGAGUACAGUGAUCACGAGAGUGGAAUUUUAUCAAUGGUGGAUGAUUCGGGAAGUAAUGGAACAGUGAAUAACGACGUUGCUGGUGAUUCUGGAAAUUCACCGAGUUCAUUCAGGGCACUUUUUAUUAAUGAAUUGCAAAAGUCAAAGAGGUGUGAACGAUGCGAGAGAUGUGAUUGUAAUUCGUACAUGAAUAUGUUAACUAAGAGUGGUGAUACACCGAGAACGGGUGCACUCAGGAGUGAGAAGAUCUAUCUUCAGGAGGAAAAAAUGAGUCUCGUUACAAAGUCCAUUUACCGGCUUAUCGGCGAUGAUGCCGAUGUGAAUACAAAUGCUGGGAGGGAAAUUGCUAGAGUUGAAAAUCACUUUGAUAGUGAGGAUGAUACCCUCAAAGAUGUGUCUGAUAAAAAUCUUGAUAGUGAUUAUACCGGUGAGGAGCGGCUGAGUUCAACUCCAAAAUCAUCGCCCAAGAAGAUCUCCAUAUUGAGGAGAAUAUAUUCAUCUAAUUCCGAGUCUUUGCAUAAUGAUGAGGCGAGUGAUUGUGAGGGAAAAAUUGGGGAGAGGAUGGAGACGGUGGUGGGUAAUAGUGGAAUAUUGGGAGAUGAAAAAAUGCGGAAUAUUGGGGCUGGGGCGAGUGAUACGGACAGUGCCGAGUUGGAUUCAAAUCUCUCUGUUGUGGAUGAAUAUAAAACAUUGGCUGAAGGUGAUGCUGUUGAUGCGGGGAUUUUGAGUGAAGGGGUUGGGGGUGAGGAGAAGUGGUUGAAAAGUGGAUCACAGGGACAGAGGGAGUCUUAUCUGGAGGUUGUGCUUGAGGAGGAUAAUAAUGUUGAAUUGGUAAUGGGUGAUGGGGAUGAGGGUAAUUCAGAGAAGACACUGUCGUGUACUGAGACUAGAGCUCGGGCGAGAUUUAAUGGUGAGUGUGGAGGUGACAGUAAAACCACUUCUACUGCAGUACUCUUGGCAGAUUACAAUUACAAAUCUGGGGAAGGUACAAAUGGAGAUAUUGUUGGUGACGCAGCUGAGGGAAGUUCGUUGGGGAUAAAAAGCGGUGGAUUUUCGGAUGAUGAGGAAAUUGUUCCUAAUUCGGUAUCGAUUGAGGAUGAUCGAUACAAACAACGUUUGGCAAUAAGUCAGAGGAAGAUAUUGGAAGAAAUGCCAGAGCGGAAUAGGGCCAUUGUGGCUAUUCGUUCGAGUGAAUUGAUUGAUAUCGAUGAAAAUACGAGGGAUACAUUUAUCCUAGAUACGGGAAAUGAUGGGAUUGAAACGUGCUUACAGAGUUGUGUACGUAGCGCUGAGGAAUUAUCAAUUGCUGACACAAUUAUCAUGGAACCAAGUCCAGACAACAGUCGCGACAAUAACGAUAAACCUUUGCUGGACGAUGGGAGUAUGGUUGAUGAGCGUUCGUGUGUAAUGGAAGACAAACAAUUGUCUGAAGAUGCAAUCACUGGGGAUUUCAAUGGAAGUGGAAACUCGGUCUCUGGCGUUGAUAAAAAUUCAACAGAUGCUAAAUCAAUAGAUGAAAACGGAGAGGAAGUUGGUGUGGAGAAUGGGGGAAUUGGUUCAGAUGAAAUUACGGUGGUCGAGGAAAAUGCUGGGUCGGGAAAUUUCUCGGGUAAAAAUACGGGGAGUGAUGGGGAGUUUUCGGAAUUACGUUGCGAGACGGUUGAUUAUAUCGAGGAAAUUGUCAUAAUUGAGGAGAUUGGAGAAUGUGGGAGGAUGACGAGAGAUGAUGAUGACCUCGCUGAGGGUCAUUCAACUGGGGUAAUAGGGGGGGAGGAGGAGGGGCAGAGGGAGAAAGUGGUGGUCGAUGAUAAUGACGCAUCUGAAGUUUUCCCGGACAUUGAAAGGGCUGGGGAAGUGAGCCUUGAGGUCAAUGACAGACGUGAGAAUCAUUCAAUUGAUGAUAAGUCCCCUGAGGAUCGCCCAACUCUCGAAGAAAAUGCAGAAGUGUUUGAAGAACCGCAAGAGCCUCAACGGGGUGCAAAGAUGGCUAAUGAUGAUGAUGAUGAUGAUGAUGAUGACUUCUGUGAAGUGCUGCCAACACCUGAAGAACAACUCAAUGAGAACACCUCGACAGUUGUCAUAGAAGUAGUUGGAGAUGUGACUCCCAUCGCCGCCCCUGAAGUUCAUUCAACCACUGAAGCCCCAGCAACCGAAGAUUCACCAUCUCCACAGAGAAUAACCGAGGAAACCCGUCAGGUGAGCGACUCCCUGGAUGACAGCGAGGAGAUUGAAUUUUUGAGCUCCCCCGAGCCCUCCGAGGACGAAACAAUAAACGUCAUUAUAAACAAUCUUGAUCACGACGAGGAAGUUGAAGAAGUCAGUUCAUCAGCCUCUAACGAAAUAAUCCCAGUGCCAGAGUGCCAGAGUCUAAAUGACGUGACUGUGUCAACAAACCCACCAGAGCCAACUGAGGACGUGAUUCCCCUCAUAAAUCGAAUAAAACACUCCCCAGAAACUUUGACUAAUCAAUUUAUCACUCUCCCGCCUGAUUUACCAACAACAGAAGUGCCAGUAUCUCCCACUAAGUGCCCCAGGUUAUUCGUUAAAUUGGAACGCCUUAACCCAGAUCUCGUCACCAAGUACCUGAAGUCCAAUUCCAAGAGAUCAAACGAGGAAACUGUGAAAAUGAGAAUUCAAAAAAGAGUGACAUUUUCACCUGUGACAUCCUACUUCGGCAGUAACGAAACAAAACCCCUGAAAAAUAGUUCUGAAGAUGGCCAAACUACAAACUCUGAAAUAACAUCAAACACCGAUGGAUCAGCCUCUCAAAACUCCAGUAAUGAGGCACCACUGAAACUUACUCGAUCAAGAGCCGACACGAAGUACCCAGGAAAGUGUCCAUUGGCUCCAUCAGCGAGAAAAACCCCCAAAGGUCUCGAGGAGGACGAGCCAAAGAGCCACAAGCGUCUAAAAUUAUCAGACGAACCUCAGGAGUCCCAUGAGCCCAACGAAAGCCAAACGAGUGAACUUUCAGAGGACGUCCCAGAGAUAGUUUACGACUCGACGAGUGCAGUCGACUCAGAGAAGAAUAAACAGCUCAAUCUUGUGCAGAGAAUCCUGCAGGAAACUCUCCUCGAGGAGAAACUGCCUGAGGAGAGCAAUGUUGAGGUGGAGAUAUUUGAAGAUCCACCAGUUGCCCCAGAAAUUCAUCGAUCCAUUCCUGAAAAAAUUCCUGAGCCAACUCCUGAGGCAGAGUCAUCAGUCUCGCCACCAGCAUCGCACAUUCCCAGGCUGGAGUUCACCAGAUUAAGCAAGAUGCCCUCAAAGAGGCCUCGCUCCCCCUUGUCGUCGAGUCCCUCAGCAGUCUCGAUAGUCUCAUCCCAGUCACUGGAGAGUUCCAUCCUCAACGACUUCCACCCCACUCACGCCGAUCGUUACGUAAACACCUACGUGAUCCAGUCAGCCUACAGAACAAAGUACCACACAGUGAGUGUUGACAAACGCCUAGCCCUCACCCAGAUAACAACGAAAGACUCUAAGCUACGAGUGCGAACGAGUAAAGAGAGAUUCCUCGUUCAACUCGGCUUGUACCCAUUGAAUCCAGAUCUCGAGGAGAAUUGGGUGAAGGAGAAGAGCCACGUGUCCUACAUUCAGCGUCAGCAGCCAAAGGUGUUGUUGCAUCGAUUGAAUGCACCCACCCUGAAGCGUUACGGAUACAAUCAUCGCUUCAAGUCCAACAGAUUUGGCAAACGUUUUCUCAAUACGAGUGACUUCAAAAUACCAGCGUACGAUGGGCCAGCUGAUCUCACCUCCAGUGAGUCUGACACUAGUGACAAUGAAGGUGACAUUACCGUGGGGGACAGGGAGAAACGAGUUUGCACGUACAGAUCAGUGAGAAAUAAAGAGAUACUGGCAACACCCAAGAAGCGCAAACAUCCUGAUACCUCUGGGGAUGGCUCACCAGUAGCUGCUAAAUGCCUUCGUUCAACGCCAAAGCGAACACCAAGCAGGCCAAGUAUGUUGAAGAGCCCUGGUCGUUUAUCAGGGAAUUAUACCCCUCUUAAAAUAAUUGUCACGUCUCCCAAGGUACGUAGAGAGGCUCCUGAUACCACUGAACUGUUGAAAAUUGAUGCUGAUGGUGCUGCUAACAGUUCGGGCUAUUGUGUCACACCAAGGAGGGGAGAACACCGAUUGCAUGAGAAUUUACUUCGUGGUAGGAUCUCCCAAGCAACGCCUAUCCAAAGAUCAGGAAGUGAUCGUAAGCUGGAACUUACUAGUAUCGAGAAAUCAUCUCGAGAUGAUACUUCAGGAAUUGUCAGGAGAGCGAGGGAAAAUAAUAGUGUGGAAACUGAGCGAGAGACGUUAUCAGACAUUGGUGAGGAUGUAUCCAAAGAGAUGAACGUUCGCAAGAAUCUUUUUACUGUGUACGAGUCAACACAAUUACAUGAUAUGAAUUUUUCACCAAAGCCAAGUACAUCUGGAAACGUAGAAAUUCAUGGUGAGGAUAUUGUGAGAGGGGACGAAGAGGAACGAGAAACCACUGAAAGGGAGAAUUUAUUAUUUGAUGAGGAAGAGGAUGACUUUAGGUUAAAAUAUUCAACGUUGGACGAGACAAUGCUGGGGGGGAAUGAAGGAGAAAGAGCAAUGCAAACUGAAUACGAAGUGGAGGACAAUCUGUGGAACAUGACAUUCACUCAGUACAUAUGCUCGCAGCAAGUGAAGACCACAGGCUCAUCGUCAGAGAGGAGUUGCUCCCAGGCCCUGGGGGAUGCCAGGAAAUCGAUAAAAAUAAUUCCACGUUACAAUGCACCUUCGGUGGAGAGAGUCAGAGGUACGAUGGCCACCUAUGGUAUUCCAACGUGCAGAAAUCCCCAGGCAUUCUUCAGCAAGCAGGCAGAUGCACCUGGACAGAAAGAACUGGCCCACCGAGUGCUCAAGGUCCCUGGGAAGGGCCUGGUGGACGUUGCUCCCUUCAAAUCAUCGAUGGAGGGGAUCACGGGUCUCAAUCGCUGGAGGAGAAUGAAGAUUAACGAGUUCCACCCUUCCAAAGGUAAAAUCCAGGCUUCGAGCAUUCGCCAGAGCCUCGCUGGUCAUCGGUCAAUAGUAAUCACACCCUUAUUGCCCCCACCCUCGCUGAAAAUCGUGAAAACGUGGAUCAAAGCACGAGGGUAUUUAAAACGACAGAGGGACGAGGAGAGGAGACGCAGGGAGGAAGAGAAAAAUCAACAGACAGAGCAGAUAAAUAAAGAACUUGAAACAAACACGGAGAGUCAAAACAAAAAUAAACCUGUCAAUGCUGCUGAGUCUGAUGAGAACACUUCAGACUCAUCGGACUCAAGUAUCGUCGGUCCCUCGCCCGAGAAAAUCAUUCAUUCAAACUCAUUAAGACUACUCGGUCGAACUCCGCGAAAUUCACAAGUAGAAAGAACUUUGCUCACUUCAACGUCGAGAACUUGUCGGUUAAUGGCUUCAAUGGAGGAAGAGCCAUCGAUGGAUUCCGAAAAAUCAUCGAGCAAAUCCCUGAACCCAUCCGUAAUGAGUAUGCUUGAGAAAUCAAAGCUAUUUAAAACCCAGACCUCCAAACACCCUGGAAUUUCCUGCGGUCAAAUUGAAUGUGUAUCAGACUCAACGAGGAGUGACGUGGAGAAUGAGAACAUGCAGAAUGCUAAAGCAGUAACAACGUAUCAGUACAUAACACUCAUGUGUGUCGAAGUGCACGUGACAACACGGGGGGAUUUACUUCCAGAUCCUGAUCACGAUCCAGUGUCAGCAAUUUUCUACGCAAUUCAGUGCGACGUACCACCAGAAUCGCCGAUGAAAUCACUGGCCCAUGGAGUGAUUGCAGUUGCUCCAGAGGGCUCCACUAAAAUGGGCUAUACCUAUGGCACUGAGGUACCUCUUGACAUUACUCUUGUCCCUGAUGAAUCGUCUUUAUUCGAGGCAUUUGUCAAACUCGUCAUUGAGAGAGAUCCGGAAGUUUUCAUUGGCUGGGAACUUGAGGCACUCUCCUGGGGCUAUAUCUUUCAGCGUGCUACAACGUUCGGUGUUAAUUUGAAUAAAAGAAUAUCGAGGAUACCCGGGAUUCAGUGCAAAUGGGAGACAACGACCCCCGACUUGGAUGCACUGGGAGAAAUUAAGUUGCCAGGACGAGUGGUACUUGAUAUCUGGCGAAUAAUGAGACACGAAAUGGCUCUGUUAAAUUAUUCAUUCGAGAAUGUCAUGUAUCACGUGAUGAAUGAACGAAUAUCAUGUCCAGGGUUUAGAACGCUGACCGAGUGGUGGAAUAGAGAUGAUUUUAGCGGUCGUUGGAGGGUUGUUGAGCACUAUGGGGUGAGGGUACUUGGGGUUUUGAGGAUUUUGGAGCAAUUGGAUAUCAUUGGCCGGACCAGUGAGCACGCGAGACUCUUUGGCAUUCAGUUUUAUGAGGUUUUUACGAGGGGCAGUCAGUUCAGGGUGGAGUCCAUUAUGCUGAGGCUUGCUAAACCGCUGAAUUAUAUUCCUGUUUCACCAUCCCCACAGCAGAGAGCUGCCAUGAGGGCUAUGGAGGCAUUGCCACUUAUCAUGGAGCCGGAAUCGAUUUUCUACAGUGAUCCUGUCAUUGUUCUAGACUUUCAGAGCUUGUAUCCGAGCAUUAUCAUUGCUCAUAAUUACUGUUUCUCCACUUGUCUUGGGAGAAUUGAACGCAUUGGGCAACAGUGUCCCUUUGAAUUUGGUGCAUCUGUUCUCAGAGUGACGAAAAAUACGGCUUUGAAACUCCAGGGAAAAGUUAACUUUGCACCUUGUGGUGUUGCUUUUGUUAAGCCGGAAGUUAGAGUUGGGAUUUUGUCGAGAAUGCUGACGGAAAUACUGGAGACGAGAUUUAUGGUGAAGAAAGCUAUGAAGGAUCAUGAUAAGAAUGAUAAGACACUGCAGAGGGUACUGCAUUCACGGCAACUUGGGCUCAAGUUUCUUGCGAACGUUACUUAUGGAUACACUGCUGCUAAUUUCACGGGACGAAUGCCUUGUAUGGAGGUCGGUGACAGUGUUGUUAGCAAAGCCAAAGAGACGCUCGAACGUGCAAUAAAACUCGUGGAGUCAACGACCAAGUGGGGGGCGAGGGUGGUUUAUGGAGAUACUGAUUCACUUUUCAUUCUGGCGCCGGGAAAGUCCAAGGAUGAGGCCUUCAAAAUUGGGUAUGAAAUGGCAGAAGCUGUUACUGCGGAUAAUCCAUCGCCUAUUAAGCUGAAGUUCGAGAAAGUUUUGUUUCCUACUAUUCUCCAGACGAAAAAGCGUUACUGCGGUUACAUGUACGAGUCCCCGGACCAAGAGAAGCCCACGUUCCUGGCCAAAGGCAUCGAGACAGUUCGUCGAGACGGUUGCCCAGCCGUCUCCAAGAUCCUCGAGAAAUCCCUAAAAAUCCUCUUCGACACUAAAGACGUCUCCCAAGUGAAGCAGUACGUGGUCCGCCAGCUGGACAAGGUUCUCCGUGGCAAGGUGUCCCUCCAGGACCUGACAUUCGCCAAGGAAUUUCGAGGUUUGCGUGGCUACAGAGAGCGAGCCUGCGUUCCAGCCCUGGAGUUGACCCGUCGCCUGAUGAAAAAAGAUCCCCGAGCAUUGCCAAGGCACAACGAGCGAGUUAAGUACGUGAUUGUAGCUGGUGCACCCAAUCAGGCGCUUAUUCACUGCGUCAGAUCUCCCUGGGAGGUGCUAAACGAUCCUGGCCUGCGGCCCAACGCCGUCUAUUACAUAACUCGUGUAAUAAUUCCACCACUCAAUCGUUGUUUGAACCUAAUGGGAGUUGACGUUAACACUUGGUACAGAGAAAUGCCACACAGACAUAUUUUAGACAAUCCCAUUGCUGUACCGAGUGAUAAACAGAAACAAACAAUUUUCCAAUAUUUCGGUAAUAUCGUUUGCGCUGCGUGUGGGCAGACUAGCAACAAGGCUUUAUGCUCUGAUUGUCAAUCAAGGCCAUCUGAUACUCUUGUAAUGCUUAAUGAAAAAUUGAGAUGGCUGGAGAGGGUCUGUGAACAAGUCACGAGUAUCUGUCAGUCCUGCACAGGGCGUGGCGAUACUCCUGAAUGUGUCUCGUUGGACUGCCCAGUUCUCUAUCGUCGUGCUCAGGCACAGAGAGAAUUAACACAGGGAGCUCAAUUGGAGAAAAUAAUUAAAGACCAACAUAUUGAUUUUUAAACCAACUCCAUUUAUUACGUAACUCGUGUAACAAUUCCACCACUCAAUCUUUGUUUAAGCUUUAUGGGGGUAGAUGUCAACACUUGGUACAGAGUGAUGCUACACAGACAUAUUUUAGACAAUCCCAUUGCUGUACCGAGUGAUAAACAGAAACAAACAAUUUUCCAAUAUUUCGGUAAUAUCGUUUGCGCUGUGUGUGGGCAGACUAGCAACAAGGCUUUAUGCUCUGAUUGUCAGUCAAGGCCAUCUGAUACUCUUGUAAUGCUUAAUUAAAAAUUGAGAUGGCUGGAAAGGGUCUGUGAAUAAGUCACGAGUAUCUGACAGUCCUGCACUGGGCGUGGCGAUACUCCUGAAUGUGUCUCGUUGGACUGCCCAGUUCUCUAUCGUCGUGCUCAGGCACAGAGAGAAUUAACACAGGGAGCUCAAUUGGAGAAAAUAAUCAAAGAACAACAUAAUGAUUUUUAAAUGAAUUUCGUGAUAGUUUAUUUUAGGCUUCCAAAAAUCAGGGGUAAUGAGAGUCUAUUUGGAAUGAUCUUGAAGUAUUUUUCAAGCUCCUUGCAUUCCUCACUAUUUUCUAUGAUGCAAAAAAUAAACCUAUUGUUUGAUGAAUUUAAUUAUUCAAUGGUGGUGAGCGAAAAGUGUCUUGCGAAUUGAUAAAUUGGCAUUGAUAAUGUUUUUACAAUGGUACAAUACAAAGUUAUUUUCUAAUACCAAAAUUUUUAUACUGAAUAAUGGGGGCUUGUAAAAGUGAUAAUGCGUAUAUUUUUCAUAGUGUAAUGUUCAAUUUUCUUUUUUUUUCGGGAAUAUCUUCCGUAGUUUCUACUACAAAUGCUCUUUGCUCAUCAGUAAACCAGAAUAGGUUUAUUCAUUGUUUUAAGUAUUUUUUGAAUUAAUUCCACCAAAGGUUUUUGAGAAUUGCAUCACUCGAGCUCAUUCUUAUUGGAGACCAAAACGAUAGCAUUUGUGGAUCUCACUCGACAUGAUUGAUUGCACAUUGUCAUCGAGUCAUUGCUCCCCAAUAAUUUCGAAUCGCACAUGGACAUAAUCAAUAGUAAAAUUUGUGGAAGACUUAGAGUCUCCAGGUUAGUGUAAAAUUAAUGGAGAAUUCGUCUGAUGACCUCAGUACGCUUAGUAAAUCGAUUUAAUUUCAUUAGAUGAUAAUUGAGAGGCUGCAAUACGUCUCGAAGUGCCAUUGUUCCUCAUUAUUAAUCUCAUGGAGAAUACUUACCGAAUUAAAGUUUAUCAUAAAGUAUAUUAUUGAUGGAAAAAAAGACAUUGAAACGAUUACAAAAAUGAAAACUUAUCAGAUAUCAAAGGGAAUUCGUAUGCCGCCGGCGGUAUGUGAUGUAGCAUUUGCACCUGAUCAAAUUAAUCGUAAGGGAAGUAACUUAAAAAUUUCUGGCCGGUUAAUUGAAUUUAAAAUACAUUUCGAGGGAUUUUUAAUUCGGUAAAAUGUACUAACUCCAGCGAUUAUACGUUUAUCGUAAAAGUGACGUUUUUUGGGACAUUGAGAUGAAUAUAUUUGUACAAAAAAAAUGUGCAGAGGGAAAUUGUAAAGUAUUGUAAGCAAAUUAACGGUUGAGUUUUGUCCCUUGAGGGGAGACUCUUAUCCGUUUUCGACAUCACGGAGCAGAUGAUUGAAUGCAAGACUUGAGAAUUAUUACUGUAAAAUUAUGAAAUCGAAGAUGUAAUACUAUUCUUUGGGUUUCCCCAGGUUUUUGGAAAUUUAUCGAACGAAUAUGGACCAUAUUUUUAAUAUUCAAUUUCUUAAUGCAAAAUUUCUCAUGAAUUGAAGUCUGAAUACUAAAAAUGUAGCUUGUAAAUGUUAUUCGAUACAUUUCUAUAAAAUUCGAGAGGAAUAGGGUCAGAACUUUCUUUUCGGUUUUAUAAUUUACAAAGAUUUUGUCAUUUUUACUUUUCUUCUCUUUUUCACACACAGCAAAUGAGGAACAUAUCCUUAAACAAUUCGAAAUUAAUUGUUGCAUCAAAUACUUUUAUCUAAAGAGACACUGGAAUAUGAAAAUUGGAUGAAAAAUACUGCAUACCUAUUUUUUAAUUCUAAAAAAUGAUGAAAAGUCAAGAAGUUGAAGACUUAUUGCUUUUUCAUUAUUCGUCGAAAUAAGAAAGAAAAAAAUUUCUCAUCGCAUCUUCACACUCCACAAUGAACAAAAUCAUGCAAUAGUCCGUGGCCUCGAGAAUAUACAAGAGUUUCUCUUCACAAAGAUAUGUAAAACCACUCACUAAUUGGAGGAGCUCGUAUAAGUGAUUAACAACGAAAGAGUAUUCAUUCAUUGCGUUGUAUGUAUUACGUGAGUUUAUCGUUGUUAACCAAUUUGAUUGAUGAGUAAAAGGAAGCGAUAUAAAUACGCAUAAAUAAAUGGCGCGUGUGUGAUAUAGAUAAAUGUGGAUUAGGGAAGGGCAUUUAAAAUGUAAACAAUAUCCCCCCCCCCCAUGUAUAUAUUUUAUUCAUUUUUUCGUACAAAUGAAAGACUGCUAACGUAACUUCUCUACGCCACAUCCUAAAACGCGUAACGAUAAGUUAAUAAAUUGAAUGAGAUGAUUAUUCUAAAGGCAAAUAGUUAGUUUAGUUUAUUGAUGAUGCAGGAAAGGAAUAUUAAUGAUAACACAGUCGUUGUUGAGGUGGGGCAUUGUUUUCGCAUUAUUUUCCUCCCAGUUCCUGAAGGCUCGUUGUUCUGAGUUUUUAUUUUUGUACUUAAGUUGUUUCUGUGAGAAUGCCCGUGCGGCAUUAUGUGUCACAAUCUGUCAAUUUUUUUUUCUCCUUCGUUUUUACAUUUCAAAUAUUUUUUGAAUUAUCAAACUUAUUGGUGAAAAUACCCUAAAUUACUCCAUUGGAUUUAUGAUUGAUAGAAGAAAAUGCCUUUUCUGAUGACUGUGAUACAUGGUCUCAUUUGAGUUAUUAUAUCGUUUUUCCACCUUUGUAGUAUAAUUAAUAAAAAAUGUAACUCUUGAG